AUGGGAGCACUCAAGAAAUUGAUUGAAGAGGGGAAAAUAAAAUACAUUGGUCUAUCUGAGGCCUCACCUGAUACAAUCAAAAGGGCGCAUGUUGUUCAUCCAAUAACAGCUAUACAACUUGAAUGGUCCUUAUGGACACGAGAUGUAGAGGAAAAAGUCAUUCCCACUUGUAGAGAACUUGCCAAUGGGAUUGCUCCAUUUUGUCCUUUAGGAAAGGGCUUCUUCACUUCAGGUCCCCAGAUAGUUGAGAAAUUGUCAGAAAAUGACUUCAGAAAGACUGUGCCAAGGUUCCAUCUUGAGAAUGUAGAGCAUAACAAAAUGUUGUACGAGCUGCUAGCAUUGGCUUGGGUCCAUCACCAAGGGGAGGACGUGUCCCCCAUACCUGGUACCACCAAGAUUGAACACUUCAACCAGAUAGUCAAAGCUUUGUCUGUAAAACUAACACCCGAAGAUAUGGCCGAGAUUGAAUCCAUUGCUACAACUGAUGUAGUAAAGGGUGAGAGGUAUUUAAAAGAAUACAUGGCUAACACUUGGAGGUUUGCAAGCACACCUCCCCUAUCCUCUUGGAAACCUGAAUGA